AUGCAUUCCCUUCCCUCCUCGACCGAGACUCUCACAUUACAUCUCGCGAUAUUGAUCUGCGAAGUUCUACCACCGCCCGUGUCCUGCCUGCGCGGUCCCUUUGAUCAGAUCUUUCAAGAUUUCUUCGACCGCGGGGCGAAACGGUUGUCGGAGAACAACCACAACGAACAGUGUCCCGGCGGCGUCAAGAAGCAGAUCCAGGUGAGAACGACCCCCUACAAUGCCACGGCGGGGCAGUUGCCGGAUGCAGUGGCAUUGGAAGGGCUCGAUGCGCUGGUCGUCACGGGCAGUUCGGCGGGGGCGUAUGAGGAUAUCGAAUGGGUGAAAAAACUAGGGGGCUUCUUGCAAGACAUAUACCACCAGCACCCCGAGGUGAAAAUUUUCGGAACCUGUUUCGGCCAUCAAAUCAUCAACCAGUCCCUCUUCGCGCACACGGGCGGGCUCUACGUCACGAAGAACCCACGAGGUUGGGAACUCGGCGUGCAUGAAAUCGCAAUCAACCCCAAAUUCGCCAGUUGCUUUCCUCGGCAACUCAAAUCGUCUGCUGCUGCCGUCGCCCGAGCUUCGUCGUCACCGCGGAUCCAGCUCCAACUCUCGCACCAGGACACGGUCAUUGUCACUCAGAGUGCGCAAUUGCCCUCCGAGUGCGUGGAAGUCGGAUCCAGCGCGCUCUGUGGCAUGCAGGGAAUGUACGUGCCCAAUCGCGUCUUAACAUUGCAGGCGCAUCCGGAAUUUGACCGUGCAGUGAACGGCGCGUGUAUCAGCGAGAUUGUGGGGACCAGCUGGCCAGCCGAGGAGACGAGGGAAUAUUUGCGCAUGGCGGAUAAGGAUGAUGACGCCGCGUUGAUGGAAGAGGUGGUGAUGGAAUUUUUGCUUCAGGGCCCCACGCCUUAA